CAGAGCCACAUUGGCUAUGAACAUGAAGCUCAAAAUAUACUCGUCAGUCGUCACUACAAAUCUACUACUCCACUCCUAUCCUAUUAGGCGGGACUGAGGAACUGCUUCAGGCAAUCAUGGCAAUAGUAUGCUGCUACUGCCCACCUGACCUUAAUCGUUCCAAGUUUCUUGGUCGAAUUCCUCCUUUCUGCGAGAGAAUACAAAUGCAGCAUAUUGCUCUGAACUAUAGAUGCAGAUCAAGAAUUAAUGCACUGUUUUGGGGAUCAAAGAAGGCGGUGGAGCCAUCUGAUACUCAUCUUUCACUGGGCGAAUUCUCUUUAACAGGGUCAGGCUCAGAGCGUACUCAAACCGACUCAUUGUUACCCAAGAAAGUUUCACUUUCAGUUGUUCCGUCAAUCUCUGAGGUUUCAUCAGAAGAAUGGGAUGCAUGUGCAAUAGAUACAAAUGGACCUGAUAAGUUAAAUCCGUUUCUUUCUCAUGGUUUUCUUUCAAGCUUAGAGGAGUCUCGCUGUUCUACAAAGGAAACAGGAUGGGCACCAAGGCACAUAAUCGCAAAGGAUGAACUUGACAAUGUCAUUGGCGCGGUUCCUUUAUAUCUUAAAAGUCAUUCCUAUGGAGAAUAUGUUUUUGAUCAUUCAUGGGCCAGUGCGUACUAUAGUUAUGGUUCGAGGUAUUAUCCCAAGUUACAGAGUUGUGUGCCAUUUACUCCAGUUACUGGUCCAAGAAUCUUGCUUCGUGAUACAAAUUGCAAGAAUGAGGUUUUCAAUAUAAUGAUAUCUGCACUAAAAGAUCUGACUAUUAAGUAUCAGGUGUCAUCAUUGCAUGUCACAUUUCCUACUGAAAGUCAGUGUCAAGGAAUGAAAGAGAAAGGCUUCCUUCAAAGAAUAGGCAUGCAAUAUCAUUGGAAGAAUCAAAAUUACAAAAAUUUUGAUGACUUCUUGAUGGACUUGAAACAAAGUAAAAGGAAAAAUAUUCGUCAAGAACGAAAAAAGAUUUCUGCUCAAAACUUGAAUAUGAAACGUCUUCGUGGAUAUGAGAUAAAGGCAAAGCACUGGGACACCUUCUAUGAAUUCUACAGGAAUACUACUGACAUCAAGUGGGGUACUCCUUACUUGACAAGGGAUUUUUUCCACAACAUGGCAUCAAAAAUGGGAGAUCAGGUACUUCUAGUCAUUGCUGAAGAACAGGAUGAAAUGGUUGCUGGGGCGCUCAAUUUAAUUGGUGGUGAUACCCUAUAUGGACGUCUAUGGGGAUGUCUUCCAGAAUCUUACUAUCCAAAUUUGCAUUUUGAAGCAUGUUACUACCAGGCAAUAGAAGCUGCAAUUGAAUUAAAUUUGGAUAAAGUAGAAGCAGGAGCUCAAGGUGAGCACAAAAUUCAGCGGGGUUACCUUCCUGUGCCAACUUAUAGCUGCCAUUACAUCGUCGAUGAAGCUUUUCGGAUAGCUAUACAAGAUUUUCUACAACGAGAAGCAGACCAGAUGAAGAUGGUGAUGAAGGUAUUACGCGAAUCGGGGCCCUUCAAGGAUGAUACACUAUGGAACACUGAAGAAUGAAUACCAAACAAUUCUUUUGCAUAGUUAUGGGGUCCUGCUGAGUUUAGCAAACUGCAGUUUGAAGAAAAGAGCACAGUACUGUACAUGAGGUUGAUCUGUUUCCUUAUUAAACCUUUUCUUCAGGAAAUGCUGUCAUGAACUUUAUUUCUUUGGCUAAGGCUUGGGAAAAUUAAGUCUUUACCUUAUUGAAGAUGUCUAAAUGUAUAUUUAUACCACUAGUUUUAUCCAAAUCUGUUAAGCUUACUUGUAGGCUUGUACAAUAUUUGGCUAACAAUUUGUGAGCACUUGCCUCCCAUAAGAACUAGUAAAAGUUCACUUUCUCUUA